AUGGUGCUCAAUCUAACCGUUAUUCUGUUCCUAGUUUUACUUCUCUUGCCUGCAGUGAAAAGUUCAAUGGUAAGUUUGAAUAAUAAUGGAUAUGAUGGCAUCGUCAUUGCAAUUAACCCCAGUGUACCAGAAGAUGAAAAACUCAUUCAAAACAUAAAGGAAAUGGUAACUGAAGCUUCUACUUACCUAUUUCAUGCAACCAAACGAAGAAUUUAUUUCAGGAAUGUAAGCAUUUUAAUUCCAGUGACCUGGAAGUCAAAAUCAGAGUACUUAAUGUCAAAACAAGAAUCAUAUGAACAGGCAGAUGUUAUAGUUGCUAAUCCUUACCUAAAAUAUGGAGAUGACCCCUAUACACUUCAAUAUGGACAAUGUGGAGAAAAAGGACAAUACAUACAUUUUACUCCUAACUUUUUAUUGACUAAUAAUUUGCAUAUCUAUGGAUCCCCAGGCAGAGUAUUUGUCCAUGAGUGGGCCCAUCUCCGAUGGGGAGUAUUUGAUGAGUACAAUGUGGAUCAGCCAUUUUAUAUUUCCAGCAAGAACACUAUUGAAGCAACAAGAUGUUCAACUCAGAUUACUGGAAUUAAUGUGGUUUUCAAUAAAUGCCAAGGAAGCAGCUGUAUAAUAAAGCCAUGUGAACGUGACUCACAGACAGGGCUGUAUGAAGCAAAAUGUACAUUCAUCCCAGAAAAAUCCCAGACUGCAAGGGAAUCCAUAAUGUUUAUGCAAAGUCUUGAUUCCGUGACUGAAUUUUGUACAGCAAAAACACACAAUGCAGAAGCUCCAAACCUACAAAACAAAAUGUGCGAUCACAAAAGCACAUGGGCUAUAAUCAGCAAAUCUGAAGAUUUUCAGAAUGUACUUCCCAUGACAGGAACGAAUCCACCACCUCAUCCUACAUUUUCUUUGCUCAAGUCCAAACACCGAGUAGUCUGUUUAGUACUCGAUAAAUCUGGAAGCAUGGAUUCAGAAAACCGUCUCUUUCGAAUGAAUCAAGCAGCAGAACUAUACUUGAUUCAAAUUAUUGAAAUGGGAUCACUGGUUGGGAUGGUCACAUUUGACAGUUCGGCUACAAUCCAAAAUUAUCUUACAAAAAUAACUGAUGAGAAUUCUUACCAACACAUCACUGCAAAUCUGCCUCAAGUAGCUAAUGGUGGAACUUCAAUUUGCAAUGGACUCAAAGAAGGAUUCCAGGCAAUAAUCCAAAGUAACCAGAGCACUUCUGGUUCUGAAAUCAUAUUACUAACAGAUGGGGAAGAUGCUGAAAUAAGCUCAUGCUUCGAAGAGGUGAAGCAAAGUGGGGCGAUCAUCCACACCAUUGCUCUGGGACCUUCUGCUGCCAAAGAACUGGAGACCCUGUCAAAUAUGACUGGAGGACAUCGGUUUUUUGCUAAUAAAGACAUAAAUGGCCUUAUUGAUGCUUUCAGUAGAAUUUCAUCUAGAAGUGGCAGCAUCACUAAGCAGGCUAUUCAGUUGGAAAGUAAAGCCUUCAAUAUUACAGGAAGGAAAUGGGUAAAUGGUACAGUGCCUGUGGAUAGUACAAUUGGAAAUGACACUUUCUUUGUUGUCACUUGGACAAUACAAAAGCCAGAAAUUAUUCUCCAAGAUCCAAAAGGAAAGAAAUAUAAAACCUCAGAUUUUAAAGAAGAUAAACUAAAUAUUCGAUCUUCCCGUCUUCGAAUACCAGGUAUUGCAAAGACAGGUACUUGGACUUACAGCCUUCUAAAUAAUCAUGUCAACUCUGAAAUGCUAACUGUCACUGUGACUACUCGAGCAAGAAGUCCUACCACACUCCCAGUAAUUGCAACUGCUCACAUGAGUGGAAAUACAGCACAUUACCCUAGCCCAAUGAUUGUUUAUGCACGAGUCAGUCAAGGGUUUUUGCCUGUUCUGGGAAUCAAUGUAACAGCCACUAUAGAAACUGAAGAUGGACAUCAAGUAAUAUUGGAACUCUGGGACAAUGGUGCAGGUGCUGAUACUGUCAAAAAUGAUGGCAUCUACUCAAGAUAUUUUACAGAUUACCAUGGAAAUGGUAGAUACAGUUUAAAAGUACAUGCCCAGGCAAGAAAAAACAAGGCUAGGCUAAAUUUAAGACGACAGAACCGAGCUCUGUAUAUACCAGGCUACAUAGAAAAUGGUACAAUUAUACUGAACCCACCCAGACCUGAAGACAAAGAUGACAUGGAAGAGGCUGAAGUAGACGACUUCAGCAGACUAACCUCAGGAGGGUCGAUUACUGUAUCAGGAGUUCCUCCUGCUGUAGAUCUCACUCAGGUGUUCCCACCCAGUAAAAUUACAGACCUCAAGGCUAAGUUUAAAGAAGGCCAUAUUCAACUUUCAUGGACUGCCCCUGGCAAUGUUCUUGAUAAAGGAAAACCCAAACACUACAUUAUAAGAAUAAGUAAUUAUCUCCAGGAGCUCCAAGAAGAUUUUGACACUGCUACUUUAGUGACUACUUCUAGUCUGAUACCUAAGGAGGCUGGCUCAACAGAAAAUUUUGAAUUUAGACCAGAACCUUUCAAAACAGAAAAUGGCACCAGAUUCUAUAUUGCAAUUCAAACCAUCAAUGAAGCCAAUCUUACCUCAAAAAUUUCUAACAUUGCACAAGCAACCAAGUUUAUUCCUCCACAGGAACCCAGUGUCCCUGAUCUGGGUACCAAAAUUUCUACAAUCAGCUUGGCAAUUUGGGGAUUAGCUGUGAUUUUAUCUAUGUUUUAAAAUAGAAAUUAUAUUAGAACUAAAUUCAAUGUUAUACAUAAUUGGUACACACUUAUUUAGAAUUUGCUAUUCUUGUCUAUUAUAAAACUCUUUGUAAGAUAAAAGUGAGUGUACAAAAGUAAAUUUCCCAAUCACUUGAGUUCAUUAAUACUAAUUAGUUGCUAAAUGUAUAACAAAAUGAGUGUGCUAGUUCUUAUCUUUGAAAAAUAAGUUUAUUAACUCAAUAUAAAAAAGAAAAUGCAUAUUUGCACUUGUAGAUGUUUUAAGAAACAUUUUUUGGAUGUGCCACAAAUUCAUUUGGUAUAUUAACAAAGUCAGAAUUUAUCUGAGCUAUUUCAAAAAUAUUUAUGUACCCACAAUAGAAAUAAUUUUAUGGUAGAAUUAUUUAGGUUUUAUUCUUGAUUCUGAAUGAUUACUUUACGUUUACAUAAACUGUAAUCAAAAAGAACUAUAAAGAUAAGUUUUCAAUGAGAAAUGGUCUAGAGCAGUAGAUAGGUCAAAUUUGCUUUGUGUCAUUGAUUAAAAGUGGUAUCUCAAAGUUAUGACUCUAACAUGAAAUGACUAUUUGAUAGCAAGAAUGUUUUUUUGAAUAAAUUUUGUAACAUCACAAGAAGUCCUGUUUGUAUUAUUAGGUCCUAAGAGUAUCACCAAAAUGUUCCAUCAGGGCAGAAAUUUUUUUCACUGCUAUAUCCUCAGUAUCUAGAAUAGUACUCAAUGCAUUGUAAAUAUUCAAUAAAUAUUUGUUAAACAAGGUAAUGAAUAUUUUUAUACCAUCAACAAA